GACAAAAGGCCAUGUCCGUUUUGCUGGUUAUCCUUACCUUUUUGAUUACCAUCAUUGUUUGUGAUGCAAUGACCAUGAAACAAAUUAAAUCAACUGGUAAAAUGAUGAGAAAAUCCUGUCAGCCCAAAAACAACGUUGAAGAUGAAAAAAUAGAUGCGAUCGCCGCUGGUCAGUUUAUCGAAGAAAAAGAAGUUAUGUGCUACAUAGCAUGUAUUAUGAAGAUGGCUAAUGCGAUUAAAAAUGGAAAACUAAACUAUGAAGCGGCAAUGAAACAAGCUGAUUUGCUUUUACCUGAUGAAAUAAAAGAGCCCACCAAAGCAGCUAUCACUGCUUGCAGAAAAGUUGCUGACUCAUAUAAAGAUCUUUGUGAAGCAUCAUUUCAUGUAACGAAAUGUAUUUACAACGAGAAUCCCAGUAUAUUUUUUUUCCCUUAA